AUGGAUUUUAAGGCUUCAGAUAAGCCAAAAAAAUUUGACAGUAAAUGUGAUGCUUCUGUUAAGAAGAGGGAUACUCCUACCCUGCUAGAUAAGAGGCUAUUUGAUGAUAAGAAUACCUUGCACAUUUCUGUUAAGAAAUCAAAGGUGUCACCAUAUGAUGAUAUUCCUUCGUUGAAGAAAGAACGUCCGUUGGUUAAAAAAUCAUUCGAGGAAUGCAAAAGGUAUAGAAUUGUAGAAGAAAAGCGAUUGCAGUCUAUAAAGAGAGAUAUUGAUAAGUGCUACUAUGAGCUUAAAAAUAAAAAGACACAAGUUAGUUGUGUUCGUAGAAUUAACGAAAUUCACCAGAAAAUGCUGGAAAAAGUUAAAGAAAUUCACAAGGAAUUUUUAGCAAAGGAAGGGAAACUCUCUCUCAUGGAGGACUUGAUUGGAGAGCGCAAGCAAGAACUCGUGACAAAAGAGAGAGAACUUCGUCAAGUCAUGGAUAACAUUUCAAAACAGAAGCAUUUUGAAAGCAAAUUGAAGAAGUUUGAAUCACAAGAGAAGGAAUUUGAAAUCCAAGUGAAGGAUUUGGUAUCAAUUCAUAAGCAUUUCGAAAGCCGAAUGAAGGAGCUUGCAUCAAAAGAGAAACAACAUGAAGCACUGGUGAUGGAGCACAAAUCAAAAGAGAGUGAAUUUGAAGGCCUAGUGAAGGAGCUGGAAUCUAAAAAAAAGGAUUUUGAUAUCCAAGUGGAGGAGCUCAAAUCAAAAGAGAGGCAAUUGGAAGGAGAAGUUCAGGAUCUUGAGUCUAGAAAGAAUACACUUGAUGGCCGACAAAAGGAAAUUGAAUCAAAAAAGGGUGAAUUUGAAGGCCGAGUCGAGGACUUUACAUCAGAAAAAAUGGAUUUUGAGAUCCGACUGAAGGAGCUCGAAACAAAAGAAAAACAUUUCGAAGAAAAAGUGAAGGAGUUUGAGUUGACAAAGAAACAACAUGAUGAAGGGGAAAAUGAAUUUGAUACAUCUUACAUGGAUGAUGAAUUAAGUAUUACCAUUGAUGGAGCAAGUGAGGAAUCUGACAUUCUAGUUAAUUUGCAAGAAUCAUCGGAUCCAUCAAAAAUUGUUUUGGAUGUAAUAAUGAACCCCAUUAUUCCACUACCUAAGAAGGGAGACAAAGUUGUGAUUAUUGAUGAAAGCCGCAUCUUUAUGCUAGAACAACUGAUGAUAAUGUCACCAAAUAUUAAAUCUUGUGUAAAAGACGAAGCUUUGAAGCUAGCACAUGAGUUGAAAGCUAACAUAAAAGCAAAUACUGAAUAUUCAUUGGAGGUUCUCGGAUUUCUGUUGAUCUUGUCGGUUUAUGGAUUGUUUACUUAUUUUGAUCAAGAUGAAGUCUUGGAUCUUUUUGCAUCUGUUGCUGAGCACAAGAUAUCUGUGGAGCUGUUUGAGAAACUAGGUUUUGCAAAUAAAGUGUCUGAUUUUGUUGAGAAUCUUAUCAAGAGGAAGGAAUUUGAUUCUGCUGUGCACGUUAAUUGGCUAAGAAUAAUCAACAAGUUUUCACACUAG